AGCAGCAGCUCAGCGCCCGGCCGCAGCCUCCUUCUGGCGGCUUGGCGAGCUGUACGAGGUGCGGCAGGCAGAGAAAAACAGAGACGCGACACCAUCGCUAGCUAACAGCUAGUGCGGCUGACGUUUAUUUUUUUAGUCCCUGUUUCUUAGCAAAAGCCAAAAUUGGAUGUAGAUUUUUUUUUUCAUUGCGGCGUCCAAGUAGCUUAUUAAAUUGUCAGAAGCGUCCUCGAGCAGCUACAUUACAGCAGGGUCACACACCGACAGCAUCUCUACCUUUAGCCGGAAACCAACGUAGCUAGCUAACGCUAGGUAGCUAGUGCCAGGAUAGCUAGCGGGCUAGCUUUCACCGAGCGUGCUAACCUACAUUUCUCUGAAACGGUUUUGCUAACACCAACUCUGCAAUGGCUGAUGUGGACAAACUCAACAUAGACAGCAUCAUCCAACGUCUUUUAGAAGUCAGAGGCGCAAAGCCUGGGAAGAACGUGCAGCUGCAGGAGAAUGAGAUUCGUGGAUUGUGCCUGAAGUCCAGGGAGAUCUUCCUCAGCCAACCCAUCCUUCUGGAGCUGGAGGCCCCGCUCAAGAUCUGUGGUGAUAUCCACGGGCAAUACUAUGACCUGCUGAGGCUGUUUGAGUACGGCGGCUUCCCUCCAGAAAGCAACUACCUGUUUCUGGGUGACUACGUGGACCGGGGGAAGCAGUCUCUGGAGACCAUCUGCCUUCUGCUGGCGUACAAAAUCAAAUACCCAGAGAACUUCUUCCUGCUGAGGGGAAACCACGAGUGUGCUUCAAUCAACAGAAUAUAUGGUUUCUAUGAUGAGUGUAAAAGAAGGUAUAACAUCAAACUCUGGAAGACCUUCACGGAUUGUUUUAACUGCCUCCCUAUUUCCGCCAUUGUUGAUGAGAAGAUCUUUUGCUGCCACGGAGGACUGUCACCUGACCUUCAGUCCAUGGAGCAGAUCCGACGCAUCAUGCGCCCCACUGACGUGCCCGACCAGGGUCUGCUGUGCGACCUGCUCUGGUCUGACCCUGACAAAGAUGUUUUGGGCUGGGGGGAGAACGACAGGGGGGUGUCGUUUACCUUCGGCUCUGAGGUGGUGGCCAAGUUCCUGCACAAGCAUGACCUGGAUCUCAUCUGUCGUGCCCAUCAGGUUGUGGAGGAUGGCUAUGAGUUCUUUGCAAAGAGGCAGCUUGUCACUUUGUUCUCAGCGCCAAACUAUUGUGGAGAAUUUGACAACGCCGGUGCCAUGAUGAGUGUGGACGAGACCCUCAUGUGCUCUUUUCAGAUUUUGAAACCAGCUGAGAAGAAGAAGCCCAACGGCAGCCGUCCUGUGACUCCCCCCCGCAACAUGGUCACCAAGCAAGCCAAGAAAUAAGGGGGGGGUGGGGGGACAAAUGUCCGGAGUCUCACUCCUCUGUUCUGCUUUCGUCCUCUGCAUUUGAAGGAGUGGUUAUCCUUCAUGCUGCCAAUACUGAAAAGAAGUUCACUACCUGAUGAAAGGGGGUAAAUCGAUAUGUCACCAUGGAAACCUCAGGUGUUUUGCACUCCAUUUUGCAGCUAGUCUUUGCCACAUACGACUGUUCAAUCAGGAAAAAUGUAACAAUACGGCUACUUAUGCACAGGAAUGCCUUGUUUGAAGCUGUGCACAAUUUUCCAGUUUCUUUCAUGUCUUAUUGAUUUGUCAUCUUCUCACUGUCUGUAAAGUAAUAAAGGCUAUAAGACCAACGGGGAGAAGUCACAAACACCUGUUUACUUAUGUAAAACUUUAUUUACAGUCGGUGUCAUAGGAUAUUGACUUACACUGCAUCAUCACAUUUUUAAACAAGUCUUGUGCUAAAUUAAAUGAAUAAAGAAGCACUCUUGUAAUGUCUAAAUCUUUCUAAUAAACUUUGAGUGUAUUUUAGGGGGACA